AUGGUGAUGGAGGCGGGGGUGGGGGGGGGGAGAUGGUGGUAUGGAGUCAGAUUAACGCAAGGAUGAAAAGCAUUCGUCUGUAUGCCAAUGUGUGCACGCAUCAAACUAACUGUCGUCUAUACUUAACCCAUGAUCGUUGUACUUCAUUCGCCUAAUUGUAAGUAACGCGGAAGAUCAACGUCAGGCCUACGCGAGAAGUGCUUAAGGGAUACUUUUUCGUUGAAUCAAAAUUUCGAGAGUGGGGCGCCUGGAACGAUGAUUAGAGAACAUUAUGAUGGAAACAAAUUCAACAGAUCGUGAGCGAUCUUUGAGUGACUAAGUGAUUGUAUGAUAAGUUGAAUAUACGCUAGAAACGCGAUUCUAAAUUUUGUUGCCGUGUAGGUGCGCGUAGAUCAAUUUCGUUAAAGCAUUCGUCAACAUAACAGUAAUUCAUAAAAUCGAGCAUACGUUUGUUAAAGGAUAUGAACAAAAUUAUUGCACAGUUCGAUCGAAGGAGGAAUUGACUUUAUAACAUUGCAUAUAAGGUGCAAUUUUUUCAGAUAUACGUCCUUCGCGUCCAAAGUUACGGGUGUUUCGAAAUCAGUUUCCUUCGACUAUGUUCACAAUCACUGUUCAGGCCGCCCCAUACUCACGAGUUAGCGAUAAAUAUUUAUAUCACACAUUGUCAGUAAUCGUGUCAGUAUAUAAAUCCACUAGACCAUGCGGUAAUUUUGAUUUCUAGGCAACGUUGUAUCCUGAAUUAUCUACUAUUACCAGUAGUCGACAGCACGUACACAUGUAUCAUCAAUACUGAGUCAGUUUUUUCUUUACAUAGUAUUGCAUUUGCACCGCGAAACACAAACCACAAGCUCAUGGGAAUAGUAUUGUACAGGAUGUCCCAUAAUCCAUGGUACGAUCGAAAAGACAAUGAUUUGCUUGCUCCAUAAACAAAAUGAAAAACAUUUUAUCGAACGAUACUAAUCUCAAACUUUACGAACUUUGUACAUAAACAGUAUGGAAUCCAUGAGUCAAGAUUUAUAAGUUUAUGAAUUAUAUUUUAAAAAAUCGACUGUUUCAAAACCUAAGACUCGUGCAAAACAAAUUUUAUCCCACGUUUUCGAUUUAUAGAUUCGACAAAAAUCUUCUCUUUUCGAACUGUACUACGGAUUUUAGAGUACCCGGUAUGAGGAAGCCUUAGUUUCAAAAAGCAACGAACAUCUGGAAAGAGAACGACACGCAUUUUUAAAGUAUCACCAUGGAUUGAUCGGACCACGUAAUCGUGGGUUAGCAGGUUGAGUACCGUAAUAGAUACCGGUAUCUGUUAUUAAUAUUUCUAUUCAGAUCAUGUCUGUCAAUAGCGACUAACACUUCGACAUACAUCACUUUCAUAAAUAAACCCUUACACUAGCAACCUUCUAAACAAUAUCAAUACCAUUGGAAACACUGUGAAAUAAUUUUGACCAUUGAAAUAUUGAAUAUUCUAGUUUUUACAUAAUAAUUUAAAUAGAAAAGUGUGAAAGGUUCGCUCGGUACUCAACCCGCUAACAUCCUUCUGAGAGUUCGUUUGAAGUUCGCCAUUGGUUCGUAUGUUUAUCGAAGAACAUUUUGUAUAUGAUCGUUACAGAGUUUCCUUUAUUUACACGAACGAGAUGCGACUGAGGGAUCAUUAAAAAAAUAUAAAAAUAAAAACAAAAAAAAAAACCCAAAAAAAGAAAAAAAAAGUGGAAUUAUAAAACGACAAAAAAAGGAAAAGAAAUAAAGAAUCACGUUAUAAUGAAAGUUCCACCGAUGGUUAACUUUUCAUACUUGCACGAAAUUUUGAUAUGAAAAGAUCCGCAUCAAUGUGACCCACUUAUUUUUAAUAUAUACGUCCUUAUUGCAUUUGCCGAACAAUACGGGCUUAAGUCACGCGAUAGGCAACGUUUACGUCGAUCACAAGCAAUUCUUCGCGCACCGUUAUCUUCCAAGCUCUGUUAAAGUUAAAAAACAAAGAACCGGUGUACUCGAAUUAGAGUCAAUUGAUCGCUCAAAGCCACUGGGACAUCUCGAUUAAACGGUUCUGUGUAUCUUACCGCUCGAUUGUUGUUUUUUGAAAAAAUUAGCACAAUGUGAGUAACGAGUUUAUUGCAUCUUUGAAUAAUCAUUUGAAUUUAAUUCGACUAUUGUAUUUCUGGAUCAUCGCAGAGUGCUUUUUUGGCGAUAAAUAGAGUGCCUAUACGUAUGUAAAUUGAACGGAAUAAUCUACAGUAGUCUACGUUAACUGUCGGAAGUUGCUUGAUUGUAUUGUUGUACAGCAAUUGUUACUUCAACAUAUGUAUUAUUAAACCGACCGAGGCGUUUGUAGCCACUCGCGCCAAUCGUGACUGAGUUCCAAAAUGUUCGGCCUAGCUCAAGUCAGACUACACGUACGUUGAUCUAUAGAUGGUAGUCUCUUUUUUUCGUUGGUAUAUUAUUCUCUUUCAUUUACGAGCGUAAUAUUAAGAUUAUGCUUCUAUAAAAACGCUAUGCCACGUGUGAAAUUCUGCGACUGAGUAUUAUAUAAUAACGACACGAUAUACAUAGUGUGCAAAUCGUAUCAGUAUUGUUUUCUCUCUUACGAUGAGAUUGUUGAUUUAUCGUCUUAGUGCUGAACAGUCAUUCUGUACAUGUGCAAUGCAAAUUUUGUUACCGAGUACAUUGAUGAUUAUCAGAUAUUUGUAAAUAAAGAAAGAAAUUCUACACGGCAAUGAUUUAAUGGAAUAAAAGCAAAUGAAUUCAAGCUAUUAGCCAGAUAAGAUAACCGUGAUUCAACAGAUAACGCUAUAUUUAUCGCCGCGAGCUUAAAAUAUUUCGUAGAAUGUCUGUGUAUAAAAUGUCCUCGAGCCAUUUUGUGGUAUUUGUAUAAGAAAUGGUUAGGAGCUGCCAUCUGUUAGUUGUUACUUUCACAUAGAAAUCAUUUUGUUACGAAAUGAAAUACGCCACUCCAUAUAUUGAGAGUUGAAACUGGUUUUUUGGGUGCAAGGUGUAAGCAGUGAUCCUUGCAAGAAAUUGUUUCGACGUUUCGCCAAAUUGCAAUUAGUUCCUUCACAGGUCAAUAAAAUAGGUGUCAAUCGUAUAGUUAUUAUCUACUACAAUUUUUUUUCGAAACAUUGGCAGUGUUUUAUAUUUUCUUGUGAACCGUUCGGACUUCGGAAUGCACGUUUGUAGUACACUUUAAUGCCAAGUAUCGUUUGAAAAAUUUGAUAAAUAUGAAUACAUUCUGUCUAAACCCUGUAAAGGGAUUUAUAAAUAAUUUGUUUCAAGACAAAGAACCAUGGCAAAUAGUGACUAUAACAAGUACAACCAUUUUCACCACAAUUUGGUUGUGGAACUUUGUCGUUCAAGAUGAAAGUCUAAUAGAACGUGGAAAAAAGCAACUUUUUAGAUUAAGAAAUUACAUACCAGCCAUUAGAAAUAAAAUUAAUAAAGGACUAAAUAAUAUUAACUUGUCGUUUGAAGCAGAAGCUUUACAAAAGACAAAGGGUGUUCCAUUUAUUUUAGACCUUCCCAGUAAUGGCAUGGAAAAAGUUGAAAUAUUAAAAAUAGUACAGAAUUGUGUAAACUUAGGUGGUUAUGACUGGAAAAAUGGAAAAGUAUCUGGGACUGUGUAUGUGUCUGAUUCUAAACUAGUACAUUUAAUGGGAGAUGUUUAUAAAAUUGCAUCAUAUACAAAUCCCUUACAUCCUGAUGUAUUUCCUGGUAUAUGUAAAUUAGAAGCUGAAGUGGUUAGAAUAGCUUGUCAUUUAUUUCAUGGUGAUGAAGAUUCUUGUGGUACAAUGACUACUGGUGGUACAGAGUCAAUUCUGUUAGCAUGUAAAACAUAUAGAGACUAUGCAAGACAUAUGAAAGGUAUUAAGAAUCCAGAAAUGGUAAUACCAAUAACAGCACAUUCUGCUUUUGAUAAGGCUGCUCAGUACUUAAAAAUUAAAGUACGUUUAGUACCUGUUAAUCCACAUAGUUAUACAGUUUCUAUUAAACAUAUGGAAAGAGCCAUAACAAGAAAUACAGUAAUGUUAGUAGGAUCAACUCCAAAUUUUCCAUAUGGAACAAUGGAUAAUAUUGAAGCCAUUUCUAAUUUAGGGAUAAAGUAUAACAUUCCAGUCCAUGUUGAUGCUUGUCUUGGUGGAUUUUUAAUUUGUUUCAUGCCAAAGGCAGGUUUUAAUAUACCACCAUUUGAUUUUAAACUACCUGGUGUUACAAGUAUAUCGGCCGACACGCACAAAUAUGGCUAUGCUCCAAAAGGUUCCUCCAUUAUUCUUUAUAGAAAUAAAUCAUACAGACAUCAUCAAUACACCAUAACGACUGAUUGGCUUGGAGGUAUUUAUGGUUCUCCAACAGUAAAUGGUUCGAGAGCUGGUGGAGUUAUAGCUUCAUGUUGGGCCACAUUAAUGUAUUUUGGUUAUGAUGGAUAUAUAAAUGCAACUACAAAUAUUAUACUAACCACUAAAUACAUUGAACAAAAUUUGAGAAAAAUGGACGGAAUAUUCAUUUUUGGCACUCCAGCUACUUCAGUUAUUGCAUUGGGAUCAAACGAUUUUCAUAUUUAUAAACUUUCGGAAGCUUUGAAUGCAAAAGGAUGGAAUUUAAAUCCACUUCAAUUUCCUUCUGGUAUACACAUUUGUGUUACAUCUGUUCACACUGAGCCAGGCGUGGCAAAUAAAUUUUUGAAAGAUGUUGAAACUGAAUUGAGUAUAAUUUUGAAAAACCCAAACAUCCCUGUCAAAGGAAAACUUGCAAUUUAUGGAAUGAGUCAAACCAUAUCUGAUAGAACUAUUGUUGGUGACUUUACAAAAUACUUCUUAGAUUCCAUGUAUUAUACGCCAAAAAAUCAAACAGCCAGUAACGGACCAGAAAUUUAAAAAAAAAUUGUAUUU